GACAACUGACAACAAUCAACAUCUGUAUAUUGUCACUAGGAACAAGGAAGAAAUUGUAAAAACUAAAAACAGGCUAUUAACUAUUCAUUAAUAAACGGAAGGACAAUUUAAUGAUAACAUUUUUGUAAUAAAAUGAUUCUUUUCUUGAAAAUAACGUAGACAUCACGGUCAGCCUUGUUAUGUAGCAAACAACAAAACAAAGAGCAAACAAUUAAUGAUGCAAAUAAAAUUGAAACUAUGAAGAAAGUCGUUUUAUUUAAGAGUUUGUCAGAGGACUAUAAGAAAGCAUUCAGUGACCAUAACUAUGAAGCCAUAUUCGUCGAGCCGUUGGAAUUUGUGUUCAUAAACCUACAAGAGCUUAGUGAAAAACUGCAGCAAAACGAUUAUGAUGGUAUUAUAUUGACAAGCCCGAGGGCUAUUGAAGCUGUAUCCAAGUGUUGGUCACCUUCGAAAUUCGUAAUAUGGAAUACAAAGCGGGUAUACACUGUUGGAGAAGCGAGCAGUCGCAAAAUCAAACAGCUGCUAGGUCUGGAUGCGCUCGGCGAAACAUCAGGCAGUGCAGAAAACUUGGCAAAAGUGAUGAGCUCAGAAAAUGCAGUAUCAAGUAAGUUUCUCUACCCCUGUGGCAACUUGCGUUCUGAGAUCUUACCAAAUGUCCUACAAGGAGCGGGCAUCACGAUUGAUGCUCUAACUGUCUAUGAAACUAAAGAGAAUGAGCAUUUAAGGGAAAGUUUGAUUGACCUAAAUAACAACAUCAACCCGUGUUGUAUGGUGUUCUUCAGUCCCUCCGGGUGUGAGUAUAUUUACAGACAACUGCAGACAUUCAACAACAAGCUCUCUAUAUUACCACAUUUUGCAAUUGGCAACUCAACGGCACAUAAAAUAGAGAACUUAGGAGUAGAAAUAGCAGGAGUAGCGGCCAAACCUAAGGCGGAGAGUGUGAUUGAGUCUGUGCAGCUUUACUUUAGAACUUUGGAAGCAUGUAGUUAAUGGUACAAAUAUUACAUAUAUGGUGUUGGUUAUGUAUAUAAUUUUAUCGACUGUUAUUAUUUUUACUCGAAUAUAAGUUUAUUAAAGUUUUGUA